UGGACUCGUAAACCAGGAAGCUUAAUUGAAAUAAAUCGAUCGGCUUUUCUGAAAAAGAAAGCUACAUUAAAAACGAAAGAGGAAGUAAAAUUGAAACUGUACAACUCUAGUCUUUCGUUUUGGAAACAUAGAUGUACAAAAGGAUAUAAAUCAUGGCAUCCAAAGACUUCUUCCUGGUCGCCGCCAUUGAUUUCGGCACCACUUUCUCCGGCUACGCGUUCUCGGAAGUCACGGAGUUCCAGGCGGACCCUCUGCGCGUCUCCACCUGCACGUGGGGCUCGAGCACGAACUCCGUCAUGUCCCUGAAGACGCCGUCCAGCAUCCUCUUCCGGCCGGAAAAGACGUUCGACUCGUUCGGGUUCGAGGCGGAGGACAAGUAUAGCAACCUCUCGCUGGACAACAUGCAUCGCUCCUGGUUCUACUUUCGGCGCUUUAAGAUGAUGCUUUACAAUUCGAAGGACGUGCAUCGCAGCAAUCUGUUGAAAGACGAGACGGGAAAAGAGAUGCCGGCUAUCGACGUCUUCGCGGCGUCCAUCCGCUACAUGAAAGACCACCUUGGGGACUUCCUGUCGCGCCGGAGCACGCAGAUCCGAGACAACGAGAUCCGGUGGGUCCUAACCGUGCCUGCCAUCUGGGACGACGCGGCAAAACAAUUCAUGCGUGAAGCGGCAGAAAAAGCAGGAAUAGACGGGCAAGCUUUAUUGCUGGCUCUUGAACCGGAAGCGGCUUCAAUGUGCUGCAAGUACCUUCCGGUGGAAAGAAUGGAGACGCGUAUUGAGUGUUUUUCUCCGCGGUCAAAAUACCUUGUACUGGACGCUGGAGGUGGCACGGUUGACAUCACGGUCCACGAGGUGAACCCCGACGGGACACUGAAGGAGCUGCACAAGGCAAACGGCGGUCCCUGGGGCGGCACCACUGUGGACCAGGCUUUUCUGGACUUCCUGUCCGAGAUACUGGGCGCCGACGUGCUGCAGACGUUCAGGGACGGGCACCGAGACGACUACAUCGACCUGCUGCGAGAGUUUGAAACGCGGAAAAGAGCAGUCAAGCCCGAUUCGGAUAGCCGGGUCACGUUCAAGAUGCCAAUCUCCUUGCACGAACUGUACCGCAAGAUGAAAAAAGCCGAGAUCCGAGAUGCUGUGCGCGACCACCCGAAAUAUGGCGGAAAAAUCACCUGCGCAGGAGACAAGAUGCGAGUUGAUGCCGAUCUGAUCAUAGCCUUGUUUAGCAAGACGUGCUAUGCGAUUGUGAAGCACAUAAGGGACCUGCUCCAGAAUACAAGCACAAGGGACACCAGUACAUUCCUGAUGGUCGGUGGGUUCUCAGAGUCACCGAUGCUGCAAGACGCCAUCAAGAAAGGAUUCCCGGACAAGAAGGUCGUCGUGCCACCGGAUGCGGGACUGACGGUUCUCAAAGGAGCGGUCAUCUUCGGGCAUAACAGUAAAAUGAUCGUGUCACGAAUCGCCAAAUACACGUAUGGGUUCAAGUGCUGGCAGCAGUUUGACCCUUCAAUACACCCGAAAGAACGAAAAGAAGUUCGAAAUAACAGGUACGAAGUUCAAGGAUGUUUCGACAAAAUUGUGGAAGUAGGACAACCUGUAUCUCCUGAUUCGCCAAUUGGUCCUCAACAGUAUUCUCCACAAGAAAAUGAAGAAUGGUUUUCAGCAAAACUAUUUGCUUCGCCAAAUAAAAAUCCCCUGUUUGUUGACGAAGAGGGUACACUUCGUAUUGGCGAAGUAGAGGUUGAUUGUAGAGAUGACAAAGGAAAUGUGAGCUCUGCCGAUGUUUACCUUAUCUUCGGUGGGACGGAGCUUGAGGUGAAGGCAGUUCAUUCGGAUACAGGCAGAGAAACGAAAGCCAAAUUUGACUUCUUAGGAUAGACCUCGAUGCAUGUACAUGAUGAGCGUUUCUAGCAUGUUGUUGGACUUUGACUUUAAGAUGAACAAUAUGGUCACCUCGUUAAAGUCGCUUUGUUUUAUUGCGCGAGUCAUACAUGUUAUUUUAACUUAUUUGUGACCAUCACGAGGAUUCACGAGACUAACUUUUGAAGCGCUGGUAAAUUCGUGCAACUACUUUAAACUGGCAUUAUCAUCAUUUACAAAAUCGUGUUUGAUUUUGACAACCGCCUUUGUUUUAUUAUAUAAAAAUAUAUAAAUUGAUUUCACGUUUGUUACAUCACAUAUUUAUUAACGGUUAUGUUAUAUUAAGAAGUGUGUUGUGGUUGAUAUAUUACUUUUUUUGCUUGUUCAUUUUUAAAUUGUUCUCUUUUUUGUUCUUAUUAAAGUAUUUCGUGAGGCAGCGCGAUUUUUAGUAUGAUUGACACAAUAAAUGUACACGAUUUUUUUUAUAACCAUUUACAUUAAUUAAUAUUAAACAAUACUUUUAUUUGUGAUGCUCUUGAAUCGGUCUUACCUUGCUGGACUGGGUGUGGAUUAAAGACAUUUCUGACAUGUAGUUAACGAAAAAGUACUAGUAUUAUCCCCCUCUUCACUGUGACCAAUGUUGAGCCAAAAUGUACUCGCUUAGUCCGAAUUCAACUUGUUUGCUCGUUUGUAUUGAUCACCAAAUUGAGCCCGAUAUGUUAAAUAUAUAAAGACACUAUUCGUGAUGUAUGUUUCAUCAUUGAAGAAAUUUCACCGA